AGAAAAAGAGAAGAAAGGAAAGGAAAAUUGGUGUGGUAAUCCUAAUUCGUUAUAUAUUUUAAUAUAAAUAAAUCAUUAGAGUUUUCCUUUCUGUUUUUGGUUUUUCAGAAAAGUCAGAAGUUUUGAUUUCAUAUUUGUCGGUUUGAUUUGGAGUCUGUAUUGACCUUCUCAAACCAAACCAUAAUAACCAUGGUGAUGGAGACCAUGUCCCACUCUUCCACCUUCCUCCUUCCCACAAUCCCGCCCUCCCUCGACCCACGCCCUCCUCUAUCCUACGCACUCAUCGUCCUUAACCAGCGCCUUCCCAAAUUUGCUCCCCUCUUAUGGGAGCACGCAAAGCUUCGUUUAUGCGCUGAUGGAGGUGCGAACCGCCUUUAUGAUGAUUUCCCUCUCUUCUUCCCUCACCAAUGUCCUUCCGAAGUUCGAAACAGGUACAAGCCUGAUGUAAUUAAAGGGGAUAUGGAUUCAGUCCGAGGUGAUGUCCUAGAUUUUUAUAAGAACAUGGGGACCAAGAUAUUAAAUAAAUCUGAAGAUCAAGACACUACAGAUCUACAUAAGUGUGUUACAUAUAUUAAAGACUCCGCACUGGGCCAAGAGAAAUCUAAUCUAUGCAUUCUAGUUGCUGGAGCACUUGGUGGACGGUUUGAUCAUGAGAUGGGGAACAUUAAUGUUUUAUACAGGUUUUCAACCAUUCGGAUAGUUCUUUUGUCUGAUGAUUGCCUCAUUCACCUUCUUCCAAGAACUCACCAACAUGAGAUACACAUUCAGUCUUCAGUUGAAGGCCCACAUUGUGGACUCAUUCCAAUUGGGAUGCCGUCUGGAAUGACUACAACUUCUGGACUCGAGUGGGAUCUGAAUGAUACGGAAAUGAGGUUCGGUGGUUUGGUGAGCACUUCAAACCUUGUUAAACAGGAUAAAAUAACCGUUCAAUCCGAUUCGGAUCUUUUGUGGACCAUAUCUCUUAAAAAGAAGUAAUGUUGCUUGCUUGAUUUGAGGCGCAUAACACUUGAUCACAAACUUGUCUUUCAUUUCAAGGGCUCACUACAAUCUUAUCUGCGUAAGGGCAACUUUCAUACGGUUCAAAUUCGGAUCUUUCUUUCAUUUCCAUUGGAUUCAAUAUUCAUUUGAAUGUAUAUUAUUUAGCACCAUCCAAUUUUCCCUUUGAUGAUUUUUUUUUACCACCCAUAUUUUACGGUAUUGAAUAAUUAUUAUAUUGGAACAAAACAAAAAGUUAAAAGAGAUUGCAAAAUGAGAAUAGAAACAUAAGAGCUUAUAUGUUU